AUGACAGAGCCUAAGAAUGACCGCAGGUUCCAUAACCUGACCAAGGAGCAGGUGGAAACUCUUGACCAGGUGCUCACAGAGGUCAUCCCUAUUCAUGGCAGGGGCAAUUUUCCCACCCUAGAGGUGAAGCCCAAGGACAUUAUCCAUGUAGUCAGGGACAAACUGAUUGCCAAGAACAUCAAGGUGAGGGAUGUUCGUCUUAAUGGCUCGACAGCUAGCCAUGUGCUGGUCAAGGAAAACGGCACCAGCUACAAGGAUUUGGAUAUCAUCUUUGGGGUGGAGCUACCCAAACAGGAAGACUUCCAGAUCAUAAAGGAGGUGGUUCUGGGCUGCCUGCUGGACUUUCUGCCGCAGGGGGUCAACAAGGACAAAAUCACAGCUCUUACCAUGAAGGAGGCCUAUGUGCAGAAAAUGGUCAAAGUCUUCACUGAACAUGACAGAUGGAGCCUCAUCUCAUUGUCCAACAACAGUGGCAAGAACGUGGAGCUCAAGUUUGUUAACUCACUGCGGCGUCAGUUUGAGUUCAGCGUGGACUCCUUCCAGAUCAUUCUGGACCGUAUUUCAACUUCACCCAGCUCGGAGGUGAAAGAACCUUCUCACCCUGCCCGAGAGGUGCCCAAUGUCACGGUUGUGGCAGAGAGUAUGUAUGGUGACUUUGAGCAGGCCAUGGACCACCUAAGAUAUCGGCUUAUUGCCACACGCAACCCAGAGGAGAUCAGAGGUGGUGGUCUGCUGAAGUACAGCAACCUGCUGGUACGAGACUUCAAGCCCGCCAGUGAGACAGAGAUCAAAACCCUGGAGCGCUACAUGUGCUCGCGGUUCUUCAUCGACUUCCCUGACGUGAACGAGCAGCAGCGUAAGAUCGAGUCUUACCUGCGCAACCACUUCAUUGGUGAGGAGAAGAGUAAGUACGAUUACCUGAUGACUCUGCGGCGGGUCGUUAACGAGAGCACUGUGUGUCUGAUGGGUCACGAGCGUCGACAGACACUCAACAUGAUCACCAUACUUGCACUCAAGGUUCUCGGAGAGCAGAACAUCAUCCCAAACACCAACAACGUCACCUGUUACUACCAACCUGCACCAUACAUGGCUGACCACAACUUCAGCAACUACUACAUUGCCAAUGGCCAGUCGCCACUGAUAUACCAUCCCUAUCCCUUACACAUACACAUGCAGACUGGGCUAGUUUAG